AUGUCAAUGGCUGCUGUGGUCGCUCCUUCGUCUUCGUCUUCCUCUUCUCAUCUUCGCCAAGCUCUGCCACGAAAGAGCCCUCCACUCUCUCGCAAUUUCCAUCUCCCUCAGUCAUUUCGCCCCCGCCGCCUGCUUGCCUCCACCACAAUUCGCGCCGUCGCCGUCGAACAGGAAUCAAGAGCACAACUUGGUCCGAAUGAGUAUGUUGAAAUAUUCGCCUGCCCAGUGUGUUAUGAACCUCUGAUAAGAAAAGGCCCUUCUGGUUUUAACUUGGCAGCAAUCUACCGUUCGGGCUUCAAGUGUGCAAACUGCAACAAAACGUAUUCUAGCAAGGACAACUACCUUGAUCUUACGGUUACUGCUGGAAUGAAGAGUUACACUGAAGCCAUGCCAAUGGGGACUGAGCUUUUCAGGAGUCCCCUUGUUUCAUUCUUGUAUGAGCGAGGGUGGCGUCAAAGUUUUGACAGAAGUGGGUUUCCUGGUCCAGAUGAAGAGUUCAAAAUGGCUCAGGAGUACUUCAAACCAGCAGAAGGUGGCCUUCUAGUUGAUGUCAGCUGUGGCAGUGGUUUGUUUUCCAGGAAGUUUGCCAAAUCUGGGACCUAUUCUAAAGUUGUUGCACUUGAUUUUUCUGAAAACAUGCUCCGCCAGAGUUAUGAUUUCAUAAAGGCAGAAGGCACUAUCUCAGAUGCAAAUCUGGCGUUGGUGAGAGCAGAUGUUUCAAGGCUCCCAUUCGCCUCAGGUUCAGUCGAUGCUGUUCACGCCGGUGCUGCCUUGCAUUGCUGGCCAGCUCCUUCCAAUGCUAUUUCUGAAAUAUGUCGUGUAUUGAGAAGCGGCGGAGUCUUUGUUGGAACCACUUUUCUUCGUUAUACUUCUUCGACACCAGUAAUAGCACGUCCUCUCAGACAGCAAUUUCUGGCAAGGUACAAUUACUUCAUAGAAGAGGAAAUCGAGGACUUGUGCAAGUCCUGUGGUCUUACAAACUACACCAUGAAAGUUCAACGAUCGUUCAUCAUGUUCUCAGCUCAGAAACCUUGA